CCACAGCGCCGAGGCGAGCUGAGCCAGCCCUGCGUGUGUGUGCAUGCGUAGGCGGGGGGGCUGCCGCAUGGAUUUAGCGAAGGCUGGGAGGGAACACAUGGGUUGGGUUUUUUUUUCCUUGGCCCGCGGUGGCUGUCCAUCCUGCCGGCCGCGGUUAUGGAUUCGAUCAUUAUUCAGGAGCGGUUAGUGGAGCGGCUGCUUUCUCCCCGGACGCAGGCACAGCGAAGCCACCCAGCCAAGCUGAAGGACCAUGAGAAGCAGUACGUGGGCUUUGCCACUCUGCCGAACCAGGUCCACCGGAAAUCCGUGAAGAAGGGUUUUGACUUCACCCUGAUGGUCGCAGGAGAGUCGGGUCUGGGCAAAUCCACGCUGGUGAACAGCCUGUUCCUGACAGACCUCUACAAAGACAGAAAGCUCCUCAAUGCAGAGGAGAGAAUCAACCAGACAGUGGAGAUUGUCAAGCACACGGUGGACAUUGAGGAGAAGGGUGUCAAACUGAAGCUAACCAUAGUGGACACACCAGGCUUUGGAGAUGCUGUUAACAACACUGAGUGCUGGAAGCCCAUCACUGACUACAUCGACCAGCAGUUUGAACAGUAUUUCCGUGAUGAGAGUGGCCUGAACCGGAAAAACAUCCAGGACAACCGAGUGCAUUGCUGCCUCUACUUCAUCUCGCCCUUCGGGCACGGGCUGAGGCCUGUGGAUGUUGAGUUCAUGAAGGCUCUGCAUGAGAAGGUCAACAUUGUGCCCCUGAUUGCCAAAGCCGACUGCCUGAUCCCCUCCGAGAUCCGGAAGCUAAAAGAGAGGAUCCGGGAAGAGAUUGAUAAAUUUGGCAUUAAAGUGUACCAGUUUCCUGACUGUGACUCUGAUGAAGAUGAGGAGUUCAAGCAGCAAGACAGAGAGCUGAAGGAGAGCGCUCCCUUUGCUGUCAUCGGCAGUAACACUGUGGUGGAGGCGAAAGGCCAGCGAGUCCGUGGACGGCUCUACCCCUGGGGCAUUGUGGAAGUGGAAAACCAGGCACACUGCGACUUUGUGAAGCUGCGGAACAUGCUGAUCCGGACGCACAUGCAUGACCUGAAGGAUGUCACUUGCGAUGUCCACUAUGAGAACUACCGAGCUCAGUGCAUCCAGCAAAUGACCAGCAAGCUGACUCAGGACAACAGGAUAGAAAGCCCAAUACCUAUCCUGCCUCUCCCAACACCGGACACUGAGACAGAGAAGCUGAUCAAAAUGAAGGAUGAGGAGUUACGGCGGAUGCAAGAGAUGCUGCAGAAGAUGCAGCAGCAGAUGCAGGAUCAGUGAGAGGCAGGUACUCGGAGGGCAGAGGGAAUCCCCCAGUGACCAUCUGAGGCCUGGCAAGAGCUGUGGACGUUUAGAAAAGGUUUCCUGUUGUAUAGAGACUUGUGGGCAAGAGCUGCACCCGCACCCUCUAAUUUAUUAGCAGCAAUGCUGGCUUUGCGGUCAGCUGGAUUGUGGAGAAGGCUGUUCACUUAACAGUUUACUGAUGUGUAUUUCUUUUUUAAUAAUUAUUCUUUCUUUUCUUUUUUCUUUUUUUUUUUUUUUUAAAGAAAAUAUCCUGGGAAGUCUCUAAGGCAUCCUAAAAAAGAAAAAAAGAAAAGAAAAAGAUCUCCCUUUCCCAUGUACUAAUUUCUUGUUUGGGAAUGCUCUGGUAUUUAAAGUCCUGGUUUCUCUGGUGUACGAACUUGAAGACUAUCUGUGUCAAUGCACGUAAAUGUUUACUCCCAACUGAGGUGCUGUGCCCCCCUCCCCAUUCCCCUUGUCUGGGGCCAGCACAAGCAUUGUAAAGGCAGCCGUACCCUCUCAUGAGUUUGACCUGUGCUGCUCAGGCUCCUCACCCUGGGGCCAGCUCCGGCCCAAAGAGCUGGGGCUGGGGGUUUCUCUGUGCACUGACCUGCUCAGGGGUCCUGAUGGUUGCCUGGUUUCCUGCCUGGGUUUUUCUGGGUUUUUUGUUUAGUUGGUUGGUUUUGUUUUUCCUAUCAAGAAACUCCAGGAUCUUUGCACUGAGCAGCAAGGGACUGAGCUUCUCGAGGUCAGUUAGAAGAAAACGUCUUCUACUGGUCUCAGUUAUGUCUUUUUGGCAGAGAGGAUGAGUUGUUGACUAUUGCCUGCAAGGAGGUGAUGAUGGGAGCAAGCACCUUCCCAGCCAUGGUUUUGUCCCACAGCAGGCUGGAGGUGUUGGUAGAGGAACCCCAGGGCCCUGCAGUAGCUGGGUUGAGGGUAUCUCAUGGUUUAGCUCUGGUCAUCCAGCUGCAGUGUGUCUCCAGUGUCUGCUCUGAAAAGCACCGUGGCAGCCAGAGUGCUUGGCUGGGACUGCUUUGGAGGGGGUAGAAACCCUAGGGCUGAAAUCCAACCCCAAAUGAAGAGCUGUGCCCUACCCUCAGGCUUUGCAGUCCCACAAGUGCAUUGCUGGCUCUGAGCUUCUCCUGGGCAAAGGGGCAGUUUUUGUAGGCUUGUACCAGAGGUCCGCAAGCCGCCUGUCCAGGCAGGUGUUGGGUCAGCAUGGCAGGUGCAGGAGUGUCACUGCAUGGAGCUGAGCGCAGCCCAGCAGACUUGGCACUUGCUUCCCUGCCCUUCCCCUGGGACUCAGCCCUUCUCCCCCUCCCCAGACCAAGGCUCUUCCUGCCUCAGUGCUGGGAUGGCUGGUGGAUCUGCUGGGCAGAGAUAAGAGCACUCUUUGGGCAGCAGCUUCUGUCCUGUUCUUGCUUCCUGCAGUAUUUUUAACUUUAGUCCAACCAGAGCAGAGCCUUGGAGUGUGAUGUGCCUGACAGGGCAGGUCUCACCAGCGACACUGCCGCGCUCAUAGGGAAUCAUGGCUGUUGGAGGGAGAGACACUUGGCUCUUCCCUCCGACUCCAGGGAGUGCUGCCAUGGGCUGGGCCCUUCGGCUCCUCUGGUUCCCGGCCCGAUUUCUCUGUCCCCUUUCCCCUUUUGUAUCUGCUCCUCCAUCUCUGGCUCUCCCCAGAAGAUCUCCCUGGAUAGGAAGCACAGUGUUGGCCAGGAAUAGUUCAGGCCCUAAGUUCUGUUAUUAUGUGCUGCAUUUGUCUGAUUCCCCCAUGGGGCUUUAGAGUCCUGAUCAGGGCUUGUCCAGGUGGUGAGUAGGUUGGCUGGUUCCAGUUACUCACUGUACAGAGCCUCUGCUUAGCCAGAACAUGGGCUGUAGGGGCAGGGGAGAGACUCUGGCACAGUAUGGAAGGACAAAGCGAGGGUGGAAGCCCCUUGGCAGAAAUGUGCAAGCUGGGCAAGAGCAGUGUCCAACAAUUUUUUUUUUUCUUUCUUUCAUUCUCCCCCAUAUUGGGCUCAUGAGUGACAGUGGCAGUGCCAGCCUAGGAGAGGGGAACAGUUCAGCUUGUCUUCAAUAACAUGCAGGACUGAGGUGCUUAAGGAGGAAAUAGAACAUUUCUUUGUGCGGUGUGCUUACUUGAGCAGUGGAGUAGCCUGAAACAGGAGCUUCCUCCAGGUUUUCUGGAGCUGGUUUGCCACUGUCCAAACAGAAGGACUGCUAAGUUCUCAGUUUUAUCCAUACUAGCAUAACGGGAAACACCUUGCAGUACCUGUCCCCUCUUUUCUUACACUAGUCUUGUCUGUGAGGAGGUUGUUCUGUUGCAAAUGAGCCCUGUCCAGCUGGAGAUGUUCCUCUUUCAAACAGAUUCAUUCCUAGAAGAUAAAGGAGACCUUUACUCUUUAGCGUGGACAUGGGGGAGCUGACAGCUUUUAUCCUGGGCUGUGUGUGGAGAUGCUGUGUGCUGGUGAGAGCACAGGGUACACUGGUCACAGGCAGGCAUGAUUGCUGAGGGUGAAUCUGCCCCUGUCCCUCUGGGUGAGGAAGUCUCCAUCAGCUCCGUGCACAUGGCUCCUCCAUCAAGUCGAUAGUCACAAGUCUGUCCUCUACAGAGAGCUGAAGCCGUCGGCUACCAGCUGGCAAAGAUUGUUCAAGUUGCACUUAGAAAAAAAUGCACAGGAUUGAGGCACCAGAGAUGUCUUCUACAGAGGGGCAGUGGUGCCACUGAAAUCACAUCUCCAUGUAGGAGGUUCCCUGCCCAGAGCACCAGAGUUUGGGGGCUGCCUGGAAAGGGAUUAGAGACUGACUGGGGGGGGCACCAGGGAUUCUGACUCUGGCCUGGAAGUUGGCAUCUGUUUAUUAAAGGAGGAAUGUUUUGUACCGUUGCACUGAGCUGCGCAGUCAGCGGAGAAGAGACUCCUGAACAAAUGUAGCUUGGCCAUUUGGCUCUGGCAGUGAGAAGUGUGAAUAGGAAAGUAAUGUAACACCUCCCCUCACGCAACCCUCCACAGCCUUAUAUGCAACCCCAGCACCCCCAGGCACAUUCCCAUGCCUCUGCCAAGAUUUGCCCUGCUGAGUGAGUUGCUGCAGGGGUGGUGUCCCACUCUGCAGAGCUGUCCCAGGCUGCAGCUGGGGCUGUUGGUACAACGUCUUGGACCUUAUGCUUGACUGGGGAGGGAGCCGUGGCUUGAACUCCUUAUGUGCCCCUGCUGUGCUGGUCCUGCCUGUGCAGUCCUUGCUGCCUCCCCGCAUGCCUCCCCCCCAGAGAAGGAGGGGUCCCACACUUCAUGCUCUACGAUGGCAUUCCCUGCUCCUCCUCACAAACCCCACUGUGCUUUAACGCUGGCUUGCUCCUGCCACGCGACUUCCUCACCCCCUGCUCCAUUCCUAGGCUCUUUGUUUCCUCUCCAUCUGUUGGGUUAUUAUAAUAUGUAUUUUUUUUUUGUAAAUUUCUGUUUGAACAUUUUGUCAUUGUGAACAAAGAAAAAUGAAACCUUUUAAAACAUACCCAUUUUAUUAAAUGAUUAUUGUUAUUAUUAUUAAUAAUGUUUACUACCUGAAUUGAUCAGUGAAAUAAAUACAUUCAAAAAACCAA